GACGUCAUAACACCGCGCGGCCCCGGUCGUCCUCGAAAGGUCGCGUUACCGAGCGCGACCAGUCUAAGUGACAAGACCCUGGUUCGGGACGCCCCGCGUCCUUUUGUCCUGCUAUCAGCCGCGAAAUGACAGGGUACACACCGGAUGAGAAACUGCGGCUGCAGCAGCUGCAAGAGUUGAGGAGGCGAUGGCUGAAGGACCAGGAGCUGAGUGCUCGGGAGCCUGUGCUGCCCCCCACAAAGUUGGGGCCUUUGGAGAAAUUCUGGACUAAAUUUUUGCAGGACAGGGCCCCUUGGAAGCAGAUGAUCUAUAAGGUAUACUGGCGCAGUAUCUUUGCUGUUACACAUGUACUCAUACCUGCCUGGAUUGUUCAUUAUUAUGUCAAGUAUCAUGUGUCUGCAAAACCAUAUGGCGUCGUUGAAAGGAAGCCCAGAAUAUUCCCAGGUGAUACAAUUUUGGAGACUGGAGAAGUAAUUCCACCAAUGAAAGAAGUUCCUGAUCAACAUCACUGAAGAUUACUUAAAAAUGUCAAAGGCUUUAAGCUUAUAUUUUUUUUCCUGUAUUAUAUUAACUGAGUAUGUUUCCUGGAAACGUAAUAAAGCUUACUCUCAGAAAAGUGUUUUCAUAUUUCUUCUCAAACACUGUACCAUUUUAGACUUUCUGAAUUUGACAAUAAAAAAUAAACAAA